AUGAAAAUGGAACACAAUAUACCAAAGUCCAAUCAGUCCUACAUGCAAAAAAUGCAGUACAUGUCGCUAAAUGAUCAACCUACAAGAUAUUCAGCUCAGAUGAACUUGGCAAAAGCUGAACCCCAGCAAAACAAUGAUUACAGGUUAUAUGAACGGAAUAAUAUCAUUGCCAGCUCAAGAUAUGCCACUCCAAAACAAGUAGAAACUUUGGGACCUCAAAGGGGAUAUGAAGAAAAUGAUGUUUAUGUCCAGUGUGCAAAACCUCAGGUCCCUUCUAGUCCCACCCAUUCCUUGAGUGGUUCUUCAGUUCAUUCCAUGAGUCCUAGAGCCAGUAUGGCCAGCAAUUCCAAUGCUGUCUAUGAGAAUAUUGAUUAUUCUAAGACACCUUAUUACUCUGGGCUUCAUGAUCAUUCCAGUGUAUAUAGAAAAGCCCAGCCACAAGUUCCAGUUGGAAAUAGAACUGGCACAAAUAUGGAAGUACCACCUGUAUAUGAGAAUAUACAGCACUUAUCUCAUAACAUGCCUGGCCCCCAGGUGCCCCCAAACGCACCUCCACCUUAUAGCAAUUCCCUCCCAAGGAGUCAAUAUGCCCAACAGGUAUAUUCCAGUAAGGCAGCCCAGCCUCAGUCACCCUACAACUAUAACAAGUCACCUUCAAAAAGCUACACACAACAGCAGCUUGAUGAGAUUAACAGCAGUGACUAUGUUUGUAUGACAGGAAAUGUAUCCCACACUACUCUCAGCACAAAUAUCCCUUUCCACACAACAUCUGCCAAGGACUAUGACAGAUCCAUUUUGACUGGCAUUGCUCAGACUCCCAUAAAGUUGCCAGCUAAUGAGUUCAAGAUGGGCCUGUCUGUGCCCCAGAAAGAAAAAAGGCCUUCACCGGCUCCCAGCCCAACACCCAGCAACUUCAGUACUGGCAGCAUGAAGAUGAAAAUGACAGGGAAGAAUUUGUUGCCUUACAGUGUGACCCCUCCCAAGCCCAGAGGACCCACAGCAGCUGAAAAGAAAAUUGAGGAGAUGACAAGGCAGAUUGAGGAAGAGAUGGAAAAACAUGAGGAAGAGGGGGAGUAUUUUGGUAUUUGUCAUACUUGUGGGGAUAAAGUGACAGGGGCAGGGCAAGCUUGUCAGGCAAUGGGCAAUCUCUACCAUACCAAUUGCUUUAUUUGUUGUUCUUGUGGCAGGGCAUUGAGAGGAAAGGCUUUUUACAAUGUUCAUGGAAGGGUCUACUGUGAAGAAGACUACCUAGUAAGCCCCACACCAAAUUACUCUGGUUUUCAACAGACAGCUGAAAAAUGUGCCAUUUGUGGUCAUCUCAUUAUGGAAAUGAUUCUUCAAGCCAUGGGUAAAUCCUACCACCCUGGGUGUUUCAGAUGUUGUGUAUGCAAUGAAUGUCUGGAUGGAGUUCCUUUCACAGUAGAUGUUGAUAAUAAAAUUUACUGUGUUAAUGAUUACCACAGGAUGUUUGCCCCAAAAUGUGCAGCAUGUGGAAAAGGAAUCACCCCCGUGGAAGGCACGGAAGAGACGGUCCGCGUGGUAUCCAUGGACAAGGACUUCCACGUGGACUGCUACAUCUGCGAGGAGUGCGGAAUGCAGCUGACAGACGAACCGGACAAGCGCUGCUACCCGCUGGACGGCAGGCUGAUGUGCCGCGACUGCCACAUCCGGACGCUGAGGCACAUGCCGACGCACAUGGUCCCCGCCUCCUAUCAGUACACGGGCUGAAACUGCCCGAAAGUCGGGUAGGGUGGGCGGUUGGGCAGUUGAAGUUCGGUGGGGUGUUUGGUGUUGCAU